AUGGCCAAUGCCUAUCAGCUUAUUGGUGACUGCAUAACUUCGCUUAGCGAGUUGAGCAAAGAAAAUGUAGCCUUGAAGGUUGAUGAUGUGACGCUCCACUUCAAUGAGAUAAAUCAUGGCAUCGGCACCCUCUUUAUUGCAGAGAAUAGACUAGUGUGGUUACCUAUAGAUAGUAAUGAGAUACAAGAAAAACAAGGGUUCUCCUUCCAGUAUCCUUCCAUAGUCCUGCAUGCUAUAUCCACAGACAAAAAUCACUUCAGCGACCCCUGCAUCUAUAUGCAAUUGUUCAGUGGAGAUGACGACCAAAUUCCCACCGUAAGAUUUGUGCCCAGCGCUAGCUCUGAUAAAUCUUUGGAUGACAUUUUCAAAUCUCUUUCAGAAAUGGCAUCAUUACACUCGGAUCCCAUUAGUGACUCAGAGGACGAUGAUCAAGUUGAAUGUAAUGGUGAUUUAAUUAGUGAUGCAAGCUGA